CCCCGCCGCUGCCCACGACCAGCGCCUCUGAAAGGCGCUCCUCGCCGCUUUUUGGACGCUGGAUUUCCUUCGGAGAGUGGAAAACCCGCAGGCUGCCGCGAUGCCCCUCAACGUCAGCUUCGCCAACAGGAACUAUGACCUCGACUACGACUCGGUGCAGCCUUAUUUCUACUGCGACGAGGAGGAGAACUUCUACCAGCAGCAGCAGCAGAGCGAGCUGCAGCCGCCUGCGCCCAGCGAGGAUAUCUGGAAGAAAUUCGAGCUGCUGCCCACCCCGCCCCUGUCCCCGAGCCGCCGCUCCGGGCUCUGCUCGCCCUCGUACGUCACGGUCGCGUCCUUCUCCCCCAGGGGAGACGACGGCGGCGGCGGCGGCAGCUUCUCCUCGGCGGACCAGCUGGAGAUGGUGACCGAGCUGCUGGGAGGAGACAUGGUGAACCAGAGCUUCAUCUGCGACCCCGACGAUGAGACCUUCAUCAAAAAUAUCAUCAUCCAGGACUGUAUGUGGAGCGGCUUCUCGGCCGCCGCCAAGCUCGUCUCGGAGAAGCUGGCCUCUUACCAGGCUGCGCGCAAAGACAGCGGCAGCCCGAGCCCCGCCCGCGGGCACGGCGGCUGCUCCACCUCCAGCUUGUACCUGCAGGACCUGAGCGCCGCCGCCUCCGAAUGCAUCGACCCCUCCGUGGUCUUCCCCUACCCGCUCAACGACAGCAGCUCGCCCAAGCCCUGCGCCUCCCCCGACUCCACCGCCUUCUCCCCGUCCUCGGACUCUCUGCUCUCCUCCGCCGCGUCCUCCCCGCGGGCCAGUCCCGAGCCCCUGGCGCUCCACGAGGAGACACCACCCACCACCAGCAGCGACUCUGAGGAAGAACAAGAGGAUGAGGAAGAAAUUGAUGUUGUUUCUGUGGAAAAGAGGCAGCCCCCUGCCAAAAGGUCAGAAUCGGGGUCACCCUCUGCCGGAGGCCACAGCAAACCUCCUCACAGCCCGCUGGUCCUUAAGAGAUGCCACGUGUCCACCCAUCAGCACAAUUAUGCAGCGCCCCCCUCCACUAGGAAGGACUGUCCCGCCGCCAAGAGGGCUAAGUUGGACAGUGGCAGGGUCCUGAAACAGAUCAGCAACAAUCGCAAAUGUGCCAGCCCCAGGUCUUCAGACACCGAGGAGAAUGACAAGAGGCGGACACACAACGUCUUGGAACGCCAGAGGAGAAACGAGCUGAAACGCAGCUUUUUUGCCCUUCGUGACCAGAUCCCGGAGUUAGAAAACAAUGAAAAGGCCCCCAAGGUAGUUAUCCUUAAAAAAGCCACAGCAUACAUCCUGUCCGUCCAAGCAGAGGAGCAAAAGCUCAUUUCAGAAAAAGACGAGUUGCGGAAGAGGCGAGAACAGUUGAAACUCAAACUUGAACAGCUACGGAACUCUUGCGCAUAAAUUGACCUAUUGGAGGGAGGAACUGGAAUGAAUCCCUCAUGAAAUUUUCAUUGGUUACUAAGGGAAAGUGAGGAAAACGAUUCCUUCUGACAGAACUCCCUACGUAUGAACUUUUUGCAUAAUGCAUGAUCAACCUCACAACCUUGGCUGGAUCUUAAGACUGAAAGGUUUAGCCAUAAUAUAAACUGCCUCAAAUGGGACUUUGGGCAUAAAAGAACUUUUUUUAUGCUUACCAUCUUUUUUUUUUUUUUCCUUUAACAGAUUUGUAUUUAAGAAUUGUUUUUACGAAAUCCUGAACUUUAUCCAAUUUUCCUUUGUAAAUAUAGCCAUUAAAUGUAAAUAACUUUAAUAAAACCUUUAUAGCAGUUAUACCAUAAUUUUUUUAU